AUGGCGAGCCUCGCCGCGCUCGCCCUCAGCCUGCUCCUGCGGCUGCAGCUGCCGCCGCUGCCCGGCGCCUGGGCACAGAGCGCCGCAGGUGGCUGUUCCUUUGAUGAGCACUACGGCAACUGUGGUUAUAGCGUGGCCCUGGGGACCAAUGGGUUUACGUGGGAGCAGAUUAACACGUGGGAAAAACCAAUGCUGGACCCAGCGGUGCCCACAGGAUCCUUCAUGAUGGUGAACAGCUCUGGGAGGGCCUCUGGCCAGAAGGCCCACCUUCUCCUGCCGACCCUGAAGGAGAAUGACACCCACUGUAUCGAUUUCCAUUACUACUUCUCCAGCCGCGACAGGUCCAGCCCGGGAGCCUUGAAUGUCUAUGUGAAGGUGAACGGCGGGCCCCAGGGGAACCCUGUCUGGAACGUGUCUGGGGUCGUCACCGAGGGCUGGGUGAAAGCAGAGCUUGCUAUCAGCACCUUCUGGCCACAUUUCUACCAGGUGAUAUUUGAAUCCGUCUCUUUGAAGGGUCAUCCUGGCUACAUCGCUGUGGACGAGGUCCGGGUCCUUGCUCAUCCAUGCAGAAAAGCACCUCACUUUCUGCGGCUCCAAAAUGUCGAGGUGAAUGUGGGGCAGAAUGCCACAUUUCAGUGCAUCGCUGGUGGGAAGUGGUCUCAGCAUGACAAACUUUGGCUCCAGCAAUGGAACGGCAGGGACACAGCCCUCAUGGUCACUCGCGUGGUCAACCACAGACGCUUCUCAGCCACGGUCAGUGUGGCCGACACCGCCCAUCGGAGUGUGAGCAAGUACCGCUGUGUGAUCCGUUCUGACGGCGGUUCCGGUGUGUCCAACUAUGCUGAGCUGAUUGUGAAAGAGCCUCCCACACCCAUCGCCCCCCCAGAGCUGCUGGCCGUAGGGGCCACAUACCUGUGGAUCAAGCCAAAUGCCAAUUCUAUCAUCGGCGAUGGCCCCAUCAUCCUGAAGGAGGUGGAAUAUCGCACCACCACGGGCACCUGGGCCGAGACCCACAUAGUUGACUCUCCCAACUAUAAGCUGUGGCAUCUGGACCCUGACGUGGAGUAUGAGAUCCGGGUGCUGCUCACACGACCAGGGGAGGGAGGCACGGGACCACCAGGGCCUCCCCUCACCACCAGAACCAAAUGUGCAGACCCCGUGCACGGCCCGCAGAAUGUGGAGAUUGUGGACAUCCGCGCUCGGCAGCUGACCCUGCAGUGGGAACCGUUCGGCUACGCGGUGACCCGCUGUCACAGCUACAAUCUCACCGUGCAUUACCAGUACGUGUUCAACCAGCAGCAGUACGAGGCCGAAGAGGUCAUUCAGACCUCUUCCCACUACACCCUGCGGGGCCUGCGCCCCUUCAUGACCAUCCGGCUGCGGCUGCUGCUGUCUAACCCCGAGGGCCGGAUGGAGAGCGAGGAGCUGGUGGUGCAAACAGAGGAGGACGUUCCAGGAGCUGUUCCCCUAGAAUCCAUUCAAGGAGGGCCCUUUGAGGAGAAGAUCUACAUCCAGUGGAAACCUCCCAAUGAGACUAAUGGAGUCAUCACACUCUAUGAGAUCAACUACAAGGCUGUUGGCUCACUGGACCCGAGUGCUGACCUCUCCAGCCAGCGGGGGAAAGUCUUCAAGCUCCGGAAUGAAACCCACCACCUCUUUGUGGGUCUGUACCCGGGGACCACCUACUCCUUCACCAUCAAGGCCAGCACAGCAAAGGGCUUCGGGCCCCCUGUCACCACUAGGAUUGCCACCAAAAUUUCAGCUCCAUCGAUGCCUGAAUAUGACACAGACACCCCACUGAAUGAGACAGACACGACCAUCACAGUGAUGCUGAAGCCCGCUCAGUCACGGGGAGCCCCUGUCAGCCUGCAGAUCAGCAAGGCGACCUCAUCAGCUGGCAUCCAACCGUACGGCUCCCAGCAGGAGACCAAAAUCAACUGCGUUCGCCUGGCUACAAAAGCACCAAUGGGCAGCGCCCAGGUGACCCCGGGGACUCCACUCUGCCUCCUCACCACAGGUGCCUCCACUCAGAAUUCUAACACUGUGGAGCCGGAGAAGCAGGUGGACAAUACCGUGAAGAUGGCCGGUGUGAUUGCUGGCCUCCUCAUGUUCAUCAUCAUUCUCCUGGGCGUCAUGCUCACCAUCAAAAGGAGAAGAAAUGCUUAUUCCUACUCCUAUUACUUGAAGCUGGCCAAGAAGCAGAAGGAGACACAGAGUGGAGCCCAGAGGGAGAUGGGGCCUGUGGCCUCAGCCGACAAACCUACCACCAAGCUCAGCACCAGCCGCAAUGAUGAAGGCUUCUCCUCUAGCUCUCAGGACGUUAAUGGAUUCACAGAUGGCAGCCGUGGGGAGCUGUCCCAGCCUACGCUCACAAUCCAGACUCACCCCUACCGGGCUUGCGACCCCGUGGAGAUGAGCUAUCCCCGGGACCAGUUCCAGCCCGCCAUCCGGGUGGCUGACCUGCUACAGCACAUCACCCAGAUGAAGAGAGGCCAGGGCUACGGGUUCAAGGAGGAAUAUGAGGCCUUACCAGAGGGGCAGACAGCUUCGUGGGACACAGCCAAAGAGGAUGAAAACCGCAAUAAGAAUCGAUACGGAAACAUCAUAUCCUACGACCAUUCCCGGGUGAGGCUGCUGGUGCUGGACGGAGACCCGCAUUCUGACUACAUCAACGCCAACUACAUUGAUGGAUACCAUCGACCUCGGCACUACAUUGCAACUCAGGGUCCGAUGCAGGAGACCGUCAAGGACUUUUGGAGAAUGAUCUGGCAGGAGAACUCGGCCAGCAUCGUCAUGGUCACGAACCUCGUGGAAGUGGGCAGGGUGAAGUGUGUGCGAUACUGGCCGGAUGACACGGAGGUCUACGGGGACAUUAAAGUCAGCCUGAUUGAGACAGAGCCCCUGGCGGAGUACGUCAUACGCACCUUCACCGUCCAGAAGAAAGGCUACCACGAGAUCCGGGAGCUCCGCCUCUUCCACUUCACCAGCUGGCCCGACCAUGGCGUCCCCUGCUAUGCCACCGGCCUCCUGGGCUUUGUGCGCCAGGUCAAGUUCCUGAACCCCCCCGAGGCCGGGCCCAUUGUGGUCCACUGCAGUGCGGGAGCCGGAAGGACCGGCUGCUUCAUCGCCAUCGACACCAUGCUCGACAUGGCCGAGAACGAAGGGGUAGUGGACAUAUUCAACUGUGUGCGUGAGCUCCGGGCCCAGAGGGUCAACCUGGUGCAGACAGAGGAGCAAUAUGUGUUCGUGCACGACGCCAUCCUGGAAGCAUGCCUCUGCGGCAACACAGCCAUCCCCGUGUGUGAGUUCCGCUCUCUCUACUACAACAUCAGCAGGCUGGACCCCCAGACCAACUCCAGCCAGAUCAAAGACGAAUUUCAGACCCUCAACAUCGUGACUCCCCGAGUCCGGCCCGAGGACUGCAGCAUUGGGCUUCUGCCCCGGAAUCACGAUAAGAACCGGAGCAUGGAUGUCCUGCCUCUAGACCGCUGCCUGCCCUUCCUUAUCUCGGUGGAUGGGGAACCCAGCAACUACGUCAAUGCCGCUCUGAUGGACAGCCACAAGCAGCCUGCUGCCUUCGUGGUCACCCAGCACCCUCUACCCAACACCGUGGCAGACUUCUGGAGGCUGGUGUUCGACUACAACUGCUCCUCCGUGGUGAUGCUGAAUGAGAUGGACACUGCCCAGCUCUGUAUGCAGUACUGGCCUGAGAAGACUGCAGGGUGCUACGGGCCCAUCCAGGUGGAGUUCGUGUCUGCAGACAUCGACGAGGACAUCAUCCACAGAAUAUUCCGCAUCUGUAACAUGGCCCGGCCUCAGGAUGGGUAUCGUAUAGUCCAGCACCUCCAGUACAUUGGCUGGCCCGCCUACCGGGACACACCCCCCUCCAAGCGCUCUCUGCUCAAAGUGGUCCGACGGCUGGAGAAGUGGCAGGAGCAGUACGACGGGAGGGAGGGGCGCACCGUGGUCCACUGCCUAAAUGGGGGCGGCCGCAGUGGGACCUUCUGUGCCAUCUGCAGUGUGUGUGAAAUGAUCCAGCAGCAAAACAUCAUUGACGUGUUCCACAUUGUGAAAACGCUGCGUAACAACAAAUCCAACAUGGUGGAGACCCUGGAACAGUAUAAAUUUGUAUACGAGGCGGCACUAGAAUAUUUAAGCUCCUUUUAG